AUGGUGACCUCAUUGCCAUUGAUAUAUACUUCAAAAUUAUCUCCUCAAUUAAGCUCCAAUCCUCAGUCACCACUUAUGGUGCCUUCUACAAUUAUGCCACCAACCAUUGAUCCAAUUCUCCCGAAAAUCACACCUCAUCCACCAACCAUUUUAAGAGCUCUAGAUCACACACCCAAAAAAGAUGGUGCUCUAGGAGUUGAUGGCACACUAGGAACAGAAGGUGCACAUGGUACAUCGAAAACUCCUAACACACCACGACAUCAUAUCACACCACAACAAACUAAUACUACACCACAGCGAACUCAUAUCACACCACAACCUCCUGUCAUACCAAGAACUCGUGGCAAUUUUGGCACAACAAGAAAAGAUGGUGCUUUAGGAGUUGAUGACAUAUUGGGAAAAGAUGGUGCAUCAAGACAACAUGGAACACAAGGAACUCAUGGCACUUUUGAAAAACAUGGUACACAGGAAAUUUCUGGUGGCCCAUUUAGAACUCCCAAUAUUCCAAGACCUCGUAAAAUAUCUAAACAUUCGAUCACUCUUGUUAAACCACAACCUAUAAUUAUUGCAGGGGAAUCUGGCACACCAGGAACUCCAGGUAUACCUGGCAUUCCGGGAGUUCCUGGCACACCCGGUCGUGGUCCUGGUGGCACACCAGGAACACCUGGUACACCAGCAACUCUUGAAACCCCUGGAACACCAGGAACUCCUGGCACGCCAAGUACACCAGGAACUCCUGGUACACCGGGUACUCUUGGCACACCUGGAACUCCUGGUAGAGACUGA